UUUUUUCCCCUUUCUUUUUGUUUUCUGUGCAAUUCCAAUCACAAUUUUAUUAUUCAUUAUCCGUUGUAGAUGGAAAAGCUAAGAUCAAAUUAUCAUUGUGUAUUAUUGGGUUACAAUCAGUAAUUUUCUGGAUCGAUGUAUCGCUGCAAUUUUUUUUUCUUUUAAAAAAAUAAUAUUCUGAGAUUUUAUAUAAGUUUUAGUUUAGCUUGAUCGUGCUGGUGUUUGAAAAGGGAUCACUAGAAAAGGAAGAUCAAGAAGAGGAAUAAUUGUUUUUCUAUAUCUGAUUCAAGUCCAUGAAGCCACAAUCAUCAUCUUUAAAUCCGUAUGCAGCCUCAUAUAUUCCUCUCUCUAAAAGGGGGGCACAUGGAAGAACAUCUUUGCCAGAAAAAGAUUCUAAAAGUUAUGAUGGGACUGUUUGGUUUCAGACUCAUCAGGCUGCCACAAAUGAUCAGCAACUUAUCAACUCUAGCUUGGAAAGGCUCUCCAAACCCGAAGCUUUUCUGGCAAAAAGCCAGCCUGCUUCUAGUUCUUACACUCCAUCAUUACAGAAUGUGGCAGAGUUGACAGAUAAUCAGUUACAAGAUGAAGAUCUUGAUAUGGAUUUGGAAUAUCUUAGGAUGACAUUUCCUGGUAUAUCUUAUCAGUCCCUUGUAGAUGUCUAUAACGUAAACAGUGGCGACUUGGAUGCUGCUAUUGAUAUGCUCAGCCAACUUGAGUUAGAGGGAGAUGAGUCUUCUGGAAGUCUUCCAGAGACACUGGAUAUUGGUGAUGUUUCGGAAUCUGGAUUGGCAGCUGAUUCUGCUUCAUUAAAACAGAAGAAUGUAGCAGAGGAAACCAGUACAUCAUCUAGUCACAAAGCAUCAGCCAAUGUCUCGUGAGUUGGUUUGUCAUUCACAAUUGGUUUGGUUGGAUAUAAUAAUAAGUGUAAAAAUUGGAAAAAAAAAAAAGAAUUACUUUAGGUCAUUUUAUGGUUUGUACUUUGUAUAGUUCUCAGCUUUGUCAUGUUUUGGUCAUUAUGGUCUGAAAUGUUUUCUUAUAAUGAGUUGCUUGUGCCCCGUGCAAUUUGGAUCUUUUCAAUUGUACGAAUUGGAUGGCCUAGAAAGGGGUAGGGAGGUAAAAAGAAAAACACAAAUAUGAAGGUGAUUUUCAGUUGGGAUGGAUAAGUGGCUUGUUGACUUGCUUGCUGGAUUGUACCGUGGUGAGCUAACUUGGGAGUUUUUGCUGCUGUAAUAGAUAUAUUGAUAUAAUACAACAUAUUUAUUGUCUUUUUUAUUCAGUUGAGUCAAUUUGAAAAUCAUACUAUAUAUUAAAAUAAGACUUACUCUUUUAGUACCUUUA